GUGUCCAAUAAUCAUCAUUCAACGGGAUCACUUCCAAAAAACAACACUCAACAUGAAAUUCGCAACAGCUCUAGUCACUUUGGCAGUCGUAGCCCUCGUCCGGGCCGAUGCGUCCAGCGCCGACAAGAAGACGACCAAACACGAAAAGAGAAGCUUGGGAGGUUUCGGUUCAGGACUAGGACUUUCCGGUCUCGGCUACAGCUCCGGUCUCAGCCACGGCUCCAGUCUUGGCUACAGUUCGGGUCUCAGCUACGGCUCCGGUCUUGGCUACAGCUCCGGUUUGGGAUACGGUUCCGGUCUGAGCUCCGGCUACGGUCUGGGAUACGGUUCCGGUUCGAGCUAUGGUUCCGGCCUGAGCUCCGGCUACGGUCUGGGAUACGGUUCCGGUUCGAGCUACGGCUCCGGCCUGAGCUCCGGCUACGGUCUUGGCUACGGUUCCGGUUCGAGCUUCGGUUCUGGUCUAGGAUACUCUGCUGCCGCUGCUGCUCCCGCACCGACAACCGGCCCCAUCGUUCCAAUCUCCAAGGAAGUGCACAUCAUCAACCGACAUGCCCAACCUGUGUCCGCCCCAUACCCAGUGCCAGUAACUCACGACGUUGCCGUUCCCGUGCCACAUGCAGUGCCUUACCCAGUCGACAAACCAUACCCAGUCAAUGUACCCGCCCCAUACCCAGUUCCAGUCGAAAGGCCUGUCCCGUACACAGUCGACAGACCCGUUCCUCAUCCAGUACCAUCACCUUACCCAGUCCCAGUAGUCCGUGACGUGCCAGUUCCAGUAUCCAAGCCAUACGCAGUUCCAGUCGUCAAACAAGUCCCAGUACCAGUGGCCACUCCAGUCGUCGUGCCCGCCGUCCAACAAGCCACACCAUUGAUCUCUUCCGGUUACAGCGCAGGACUUGAAUCGUCUGCAAUCGGAUACGGUUCUGGUUUCGGUUCCGGAUACGGUUCUGGAUACGGUUCCGGAUACGGUUCCAGCUACGGUUCCAGCUACGGUUCCAGCUACGGAUCCGGUUACGGACUUGGAUCUUCAGCCAUCGGUUACGGAGCGUCAUCAUACGGUUCCGGAAGCCUGUCCAGUGGAUCUUUGGGAUACAGUAGUGGAAGUCUGUCUUCGUAUGGACAUGAUGCUCACAGUUUCGAUUACAAGAAAUAAAACACUCGAAUGAUUCGCCUACCCUUGCAGAAAUUACACUGCAUUGACGAAGAUUAUACUUAAGAUUUAUAUUGUACCGUGUAUAUUAUUGUGUAUACACAUAUUAUGUUCUUAGACAAUUAUUACAAUUUUGUUUUUAUAUAUUUUCAACUUUGUUAAUGACCGAUAGUUAUUGACUGAAAU